AUGGAUGCUAAUGAUGACUCCGAUGAAGAUUAUCUUACAAGUUAUGAUGUUCAGCUCAGUAUUCAAGAAUCCACUGCAGCCAGCAAGACUGUAUUUUAUCCUGAAAGAUUUGUACCACUAAGUGAUAAAACGAGAAAGCUGGUGGAGGCCAUAAAGCAAGGUUGCAUUCUUGAGCUCCAGGAGUAUGUGAAAUAUAAAUAUGCAUUGGAUGAAGCUGAUGAAAAAGGAUGGUUUCCAUUGCAUGAAGCUGUUGUUCAACCCAUUCGACAAAUACUUGAGGUUGUCCUGGAUGCAUCCUAUAAGACGCUCUGGGAGUUCAAGACCUCUGAUGGAGAAACACCCUUGACUUUGGCAGUCAAAGCUGGUCUGGUGGAAAAUGUAAGAACCUUACUAGAGAAAGGAGUGUGGCCAAACACCAAAAAUGACAAAGGAGAGACACCCCUUCUGCUUGCUGUAAAAAAGGGCUCCUAUGACAUGGUGUCUGCCCUGCUUCAACACCACACCAGCCUUGACCAGCCCUGUGUCAAGCAAUGGUCAGCAAUGCAUGAAGCAGCCAAACAAGGCCGCAAAGAUAUAAUAGCUCUACUACUAAACCACGGAGGCAACGUCCACCUAAGAGACAGAUUUGGAGUCACCCCGUUAGGUGUUGCGGCCGAGUAUGGUCACUGUGAUGUGUUGGAACACCUGAUCCACAAAGGAGGGGAUGUGCUUGCUUUGGCGGAUGACGGGGCAUCAGUGUUGUUUGAGGCAGCAGGAGGGGGCAACCCUGACUGCGUCUCCCUCCUGCUGGAAUAUGGAGGAAGUGGAAACAUACCUAACAGAGCAGGGCAUCUUCCUAUACACCGAGCUGCCUACGAGGGACAUUAUCUUGCACUGAAAUAUCUUAUUCCAGUAACAUCCAAACAUGCAAUCCAGAAAAGUGGGCUAACGCCAAUUCACUCAGCAACAGAUGGACAAAAUGCACAGUGCCUAGAACUGCUUAUUGAAAAUGGCUUUGAUGUCAAUACCCUGCUUGCUGACCACAUUUCCAAGAGCUACGAUGAUGAACGGAAGACUGCGCUCUAUUUUGCCGUUUGCAAUAAUGAUAUCCACUGCAUAGAAGUCCUCCUGGCUGCAGGUGCAGACCCAAACUUAGAUCCCCUCAACUGUCUUCUUGUGGCAGUGAGGGCCAACAAUCAUGAAAUUGUCAGGCUGCUUCUCGCCCAUGGAGCUGAUGUCAAUUGUUAUUUCAGGCAUGUGAAUGACACUCAUUUCCCCAGUGCCAUUCAGUAUGCCCUAAAUGACGAGGUAAUGCUCAGGCUGUUGCUGAAUAACGGCUAUCAAGUGGAGAUGUGCUUUGACUGCAUGCACGGGGACAUCUUUGGAAAUUCGACUGUAUGGUCAGAGAUAGAGGAAGAGGUACUGCCGAGAUGGAUGUCUUGUGUCGUGAAAGAUAACCCGUUCUGUGAGUUUAUUACAGUUCCUUGGAUGAAACACUUGGUAGGCAGCGUUAUUCGUGUAUUAAUGGAUUACAUGGAUUAUAUCCCUCUGUGUGCUAAACUGAAAUCUGCACUAGAAGUACAGAGAGAAUGGCCAGAAAUCCGUCAAAUACUAGAGAAUCCCUGCUCCUUAAAGCAUUUAUGUAGGUUAAGAAUUCGAAGACUUAUAGGACUCCAGCGACUCUGCCAGCCAGCCUCAAUGGAGAAGCUCUCUCUGCCACCAACUAUUCAAAGAUACAUAUUAUUUAAAGAGUAUGAUCUCUAUGGACAAGAGCUAAAAUUGCCAUAA